AUGGAUGUCGAAAGUGCAACGGAUUCGCCAGACGUUUCUCCUUUGGGUGGAGAUUCUGCAAUGCAAUGGAAAUCGAUUUCUAUUACACAUGUGGAAUAUCCAAAAGGUGACUUGAUUGGAUUUUUCCUCGCCUGGGUCAGUCUACUGCCAUUCUGUAUCAUAGUGGGGUUUAUAACCUUGAUAAUAUUUAGGCGGGACCUUCACACUAUUUCUUAUUUUGCUGGUUUACUGCUGAAUGAAGUUAUAAAUUGGCUAUUGAAACACCUAAUACAAGCUCCACGCCCCAUCAGACAUCGUCAGCUUUACACAGAGUAUGGAAUGCCAUCAAGCCAUGCUCAGUUUUCCUGGUUUUUCUCCACAUACAUGAUUCUAUUUUUAUUUCUUAGAAUUUAUAAAAAUUAUAACUUGAUAGAUGAUAUAUGGAAAUACUGUGUCAGUGCAAUAUGUGUCACAGCAUCUUCUAUUAUUUUAUAUAGCAGGGUUUAUUUAGGAUACCACACAUUUGGGCAAGUGUCCUGUGGAGCUCUGCUUGGUAUAUUUUUUGGAGCAGCAUGGUUUUGUAUUGUCUAUGUUGUAUUAACUCCAUUCUUCCCAAUCUUGGCCUCAAGCCCUAUAGGUGAAUUUUUGAUGCUUAGAGACUCAACAUUGAUACCCCAUGUCAUGUGGUUUGAGUAUACUUCUUCCAGGACAGAGGCAAGGGGCAGACAGAGAAAGUCCAGGAAGUCUCAAUGACUGGGCCGUCAUUAGGUGUACUAGGUCAGCAUGUAUAGAGUGAUCAUCAGAAUCCUACCAGCUACCCUGAUGAUAAUAAUGCUCCAGAGUUAAGCUUCAUGGAAAUGUUUGACUUCAUGCAGACCAAUUUCAAGUUCAGGGUUUACAUGAGACUGACUUUGCUUGUCUUGUGUCAUCAAUAUUAUGAUCCUCGACCAUAAAUAUACCCAUGACUACAGGUCUUAUAUUGUUUACUCAUCAUGGUAAAUUCAUGUCUAUGGAAGGUCAAAGUCACACGUCCAUACCACAUUGGGUUUUAAUUUAAGAUAAAUGUGUAAAGGUGGUGGUUACAAUUUAUGAGUAGGGUUGUAACCAAUGUGUAACCAAAGAAUUAUGUAUGUAAUGAAUGAAGUCAAUUUGAAUGAUUUGACAUUUUCUUUAUAAAAAGUGGAGAUGUUUAAAUUGACCCAAGGUUUAUGUAAAAUAGUAUAUAAAUGUUACAUUAUUAAAGUAUUGUUACUUGAUGAGAUUGAAUAGAAAUAAAUUAUUUGGCUUGAUUGUUUAUUUUGCUAAUGAUU